GAAACUGGAACUCCAUCGUCAGUUGCGCUAAGAAUUGAUAGAAACCUAAACAAUCAAGUCACGAAAAUGUAAGAGCGCAGAUAACGAUGAUAACAGAUUAAAUCUAUAGGUUUUUAAAAUAUCUGUCGUGAAAGUAUAACCAGUCAAUCAGUUUGUUGAGUUCUGUGUGACAGGAAUAACUAGUAAAAAUUGAAUUGGUUCCUUUCAAUUCAAUGAUGGGAAUGUCCCCGAAAACAUUUUCAAGUAUCAGUUGUUUCAUUGAAGUACAAUAAGCAGAUGGAUACUCUUGGAUAGUCGUGUUAGUAAUGAUAACAUAUCAAAAUAAAUUUUGUGGACGCACCUCAAAAUUCGAUUCAAGAUUCACCUGACAAUUUAACUCACUUGCAUCGAGGGCAUUACCAUACUGAUGUAUUACAUUCGAGAACGGCUCUCAUUGAAUCUUCCCGAGAGAAACACUUCAGGUGUAUCUAGUACACAUGGAACAGAUGCGAAUAAGAAAUCAAUCGCCUUUCAGAACACACCGUCGUCAGAAGGAAACAAAUUGGAUGAAACGGAGUUGUCAGAAGUAUCAGUCUCUCCGGCAACGUCAGCAUUUCCUGGAUCGGGAACUCCGCAAUCUACUUAUACAACACCUUUUCAAAGUCCCGUGGCUUCUGAUAAGUGGUAUCCACAUAGUCAAGCAGUUCUUCCCCAACAGACGACAAAUACAGUUGUUCGAAUUGAUAAGAGCACGCCUUCACCAUCAGGUGUCUUUACUAUCGAUCAUGGACAAUUUAGCGGUUAUCCACAUGGAUUUCCAACACAUGCUUCGGGUGGGUACUUGAAUCACUCGUUCACCAAUGACAAUGGCAACAAUGUACAGAAUUCUGGGGUUCCUAAUCAACCACAAGUUAUCCGUGAGCAGUAUUGGAGCUGGUCUUGCAGAUGUAGACGUCAAUUCAGCCACCGUGAAAAAGUACUACUUUUGAUCAUAGGCUUUCUUUUACUAAUUGUUGGCGGGCUAGGCGCUUAUCUUGGUAUAUCAAACAAUUCGAAUCCGCUUCAUGGUGGAAUUUUAUCGCCUGGUGUUUUGAGUUACAAAACCGGAGAGUGAACACAAUUUCGACUCGUAUAUAUAGCACAAUGACUAAUCUGUGAAAGUGUGAACGACUGUAAAUACAAUUUUAAUGCAAUGUUUUAGUAAGAAUGUACAUAUAUAAAAUAAUUGUUGAUGUCUA